CUUUGCAACAGUGCUCCCUGUUUGCUAUGUAACUGUUGCCCUACUGGUAGGAAUUCUAUUGCAACACGUUUGGUAUACUCUGCAUUCCUCCUGGUGGCUGCAGUGAUUGGUGGAAUCCUGCUGAUCCCAGGAACAACAGACUUAAUGGGCAAGGGGACAUGCAGUGACAGUACAAGCCUACAGUUCCUUAUGGAUGAUCGCAGAGUAGACUGUAAUGAAUGGAUUGGCUACUGGGCAGUAUAUCGUAUCUUCUUUGGACUGACAGCAUUUCAUCUACUUCUAAUGCUGUUCCUGAUACGUGUGAAGAGCAGUAGAGAUCCAAGGGCUCCAGUUCACAAUGGGUUUUGGUUUUUCAAGCUGUCAGCCAUGACUGCAUUAAUGGUUGGAUCGUUUUAUAUUCCUGAAGGACAUUUCACUACAGAAUUUUUGUGCAAAGAAGAUGAGAAACAUGGCGUGCAUAGUAAAACAACUGCUCACACACCUAAUGGGCACACGUUUAUAUACUUGGUUUACAGUGUGUCAGUACCACUGUUCCUACAUGAAGGAAUUUGUUAA